UCUUGACUUCUAGACUCAGGAAAAAAUGCAGAGCCCAUUCCAAUAUGCCAGCCUGGUUCUUAUCAUCUUUGGAAUACUGAGCAUAUUCUCUGGGAUUUUUGCUUUCUUCCCAGUAUUCUCCUGCAAGAUUUGGUUCACCGGAUGGAGUGCCCGGAUCGCUUGUCCCAUCUGGAAUGGAGCUUUGGUAGUUAUUGCUGGCAUUCUUGUCCUCUGGGCUCACAGAAAGCAGACACAAAGAUCUCUGUGGGAAGCUAGUUUCACCUUUGCCAUCCUGAGUGUCAUUGGAUGCCCACUUCAAAUGGCAAUUGCUAUACAAUCUGCCUUUCUGGGGCCAUAUUGCUACUACUCAUUCUCAGGAAUUGCUGGAACCAAUUAUCUGGGUUAUGCAGUGAUGUUUCCUUUUCCUUAUAUGAGAUACCCAUCAAUAUGUGUGGAUCCACCCCACUAUGAAGAGUACCACCUGAUUCUACAAACCCUUGACCUGGCUUUUGGUUUGGCCAUGCUCUGCGCAUCUCUGGUUGUGCUGGUCAAGCUUUUCUCGAGGCUCUUCCAUUUUGGAGAGUUAAAUGGUCAAAGGAAUGAAUGGUGAAUUGGAGAUGGGGCUCGGUGGAAAUCCUGCUUAUUCCCUAGCAUCUGAAAACAUCUGUGAUUUGUGUAUUUUGAUCUGCAGCUAUUUUUUUCCAAGCCUGGAAAAACCUUCCUCGGUGGGCUAUGUCCGUGUGAUGUCACAGCUAAAAUUCUUGGAAUAGUUUGUUUGCCAGCAGAAAUUUGUAGAUCUGAACCGCACUGACUCAAAUGCUUCUCACUCUCCUUCUCUGAUGGAAGAUUGUAUUGGCUGGGGGGGGUGGGGUUAACCCUAUGAUCACACCACCAAUCCAGGUUCCCUAUGUCCUCUUGCAAUCGAAUUAAAGCAACAUUUUCUCA